AUGUGCGAUGAUUUCUACUACCAAAAUCCCACAUCGCCCAUCAAGGCUUCCGAUGACACGGACAACGUAAAGAACUCCUACCUCCAAGAUCGAAGCAGCAUGGAGGGCACCGUGCAGCCCAAGUUGGCGUAUCCGGAGUGUCCUCUUGUCAAAAGCGACGACGCGGUCGACCAGGGUCAUGCCGUCUCCGACUCGGCUGCCUCGCCUUCUCCCAUCGCCUAUCAGGACCAAGGAAGCAACACCGCCGGCGACAACACCAUCGACGAGGACGACCGUGCUCUCUACCAGUUGCUUCGUUAUCACGUCAAUUCUGAGAUCUCCUCGACCUCUUCUGACCCCCAGCCUACCGGAUCAGUCCCCACACCCUUUACCUACCCUGUCGUGGGCGCGAGCGUUCCCAGUUACAUCGCCGGCAACAACAACACAAGCCAGCCUGGAGUAUUUGCCUCCCCCUCUGCCAACAGCGCCUCCUCGGGCACUCAUGGUUACUUUCAUUCGACCGGUUCUACGAAUGCUGCUCCUAGCAACAACCUCACCCUCAACGCCCCAGUUGCAACUAUGACCACUGCCCCUACCGGCACCGCGUCUGUGAACAUGAACGCCGUCUCUAUCAACACUGCGCUCGCCAAUGCCCCUCCUGUCAACGCCGCUCCUGUCAACGCCGCCCCAGCCAACACCGUCGCUUACCAGGGACAUCCCAUCUACAGCCGCCGCCGCCGGCACCGCAUCGGCACUCGCGGCUGCCACGUGGGCAGUAGCGGCAUUGACCGGCCCAACCCUCCGGAGCCGCUCCCCAUCCCUGGACCUCCGGCCGGAGCCCCUCCCGGCGUGACCUAUCCUCUCUCUCGAAUGGCAUACAGGCCUCCUGCAGCUCCUUUCCACACCAGCAGCGGCCAGAAGCGAUUCCCAUGUAACCGGUGCGGUCUCGUGCGAUCCAGAGAAGAUGAAACUCGAUUUCAUCUUCGUGAUGUUCACUAUCGCCAAGAGUACAAGUGGAUUCAUUACGGAAAUCAUGAGGAGGGACUUUACUACUUCGGCAUCGACCAGUCUAACAUCGACUGCCCUAGCAUCUAG